GUUGCUAAGCAACGCAGACAACUUUGUAAUGCCGGAUGACAGAAAAAUGUAACAAACUACAUUGAAUGAAUACAACUGAUAUAUAUAUAAUGGUAAAUCCGAAACAAGAUGCCUUACCUAAUAAGAAAGAUAACCCAGUCAAGAAAAGAAGGUCCACGAUUUUCAAUAAAGUUACGCAUUUAUAUCUACAAGAGAAGAGUUUAGUUAAGAUACCUACAUUAUCAUGCAGUCAAGAUAUCCAGACGUUAUAUUUGUACGAUAAUGCCCUAACCACCAUCGAUAACUUAAAUAAUCUCACUGGACUUCAAAACCUCUAUUUACAAAAUAACAAAAUCGAGAGAAUUGAGAAUAUGUCUGGCUUAAAUCAGUUAAAAAAGCUUUAUAUUGGCAAGAAUAAAAUCAGCGUUCUGGAAGGUUUAGAAAGCUUGGAACAAUUGGAAGAAUUACAUAUCGAAAAACAAGAUAUACCAAAAAAGAUGCCGUUUUGUUUUGAUCCGCGUACAAUAUUAACACUUGCGGAGACCUUAAGAAUCUUAAACAUUGCCAGUAAUCAGAUCGACUCUCUCAAAUCACUGUCUCCAUUGAGAUGUCUGGAAGUGUUGGAUGCUUCCAACAACAACAUUGAAGAUGUCAAAGAUAUCGUUGAGACUAUCAGAACCUGGUAUUCUAUUAGGGACCUGAAAUUUAUCGGUAAUCCAGUGACGAAGAAGCAUCGAUAUAAGGAAGACAUAAUUGCAAAUGUUCACAGAUUAGAAAUUAUAGAUAACAAGAAUAUAACAGACACAACACGAAGUUUCCUUAAACGAUUCGAAGAGGGAAAAACAAUAUACGGCUUGAAACCCAACGUUAACUUAGCUGAGAUAAUGCCAGGACUACCCAAGAAUUACUCAGCAACGUUACAGAAAGCUGCAUCAGCCUCGAUCAUUAAGGAGUCCAGAUGUAAACUUUUAGAUGAUAUUGCUGCUUUUGAUGUUGCUGAACCUGCGUAUCUGACUUGGAACAUGUUUCCAAAGAGAAAACAGUUUACUAAACCAAGCCAAUCCCAAUUAAAAGGACACAAGAUGGAAAGCCAGAAAAAUAUACUUAUUAAAAGAAGCAGCUUAACACAAAGAAGAAACACCUAAAAAGAAUAAGUAACUUAUUUUUUAAUCGAUACAAAUUACACAUGUUUUUGUCUGAAUCUGAAUAUUUUGUAGACUUUACCAUUAUAAAAGAAAAAUAAUAUACAUAUAUUUUUAA